AUGGGACGUGUUAGAACUAAGACAGUUAAAAGAUCAUCCAAGAUCUUGAUUGAAAGAUUUUACCCCAAAUUAACUUUGGAUUUUGAAACCAACAAGAGAUUAACAUCAGAGAUUGCUGUUAUUCAAUCUAAAAGGUUAAGAAACAAAAUUGCAGGUUAUACUACUCACUUGAUGAAGAGAAUUCAAAAAGGUCCAGUUAGAGGUAUUUCAUUCAAAUUACAGGAAGAAGAAAGAGAAAGAAAAGAUCAAUACGUUCCAGAAGUUUCUGCUUUGGACUUAUCACACACAAACGGUCAAUUAGAAGUUGAUGCUGAAACUGCCGACUUGGUCAAAUCCUUAGGUUUCAAGAUCCCAUUACAAACUGUCAAUAUUUCUUCUCAAAGAGGCCCAAGACGUUUCGUUAAGAGAAACUAG